CUGUCAACUGUCACUUUCCUUUUUCAUUGCAUCUUGGACAGUCUUGUCAUUAUCGAUCCAACCAUCACCUUACUACAGUCAAACAGCCGAAGGAUAAUGGAUUCGCCACUCCUCCCCACUCUCUCCCGCUCUAAUUACUCUGUGGACGAAGACAACAAUGGCGACGCCUCACUUUCCCUUGCCGAUCUUUCAAUCGCUUCUGAUGGGCCAGAUGGAUUGAGCCCUUUGCCGCCGCCUCGACAGCUUGCUCAGCAUAGUCAAUCUCAGAUAAAAUCACUGUAUGCGCAGGAGUCCGGACAUAUCGGGGCUAUCGGUGGAGCGGGAACUGAGAGUAGUGCCACAUUAGGAUCGACUUCAACGAGGGAGAACAUACCACCCACUGCCAUUUCUAAUGACAUCCAAGGGGAUACGGGAACAAUUUUUAUGGGUAAACCAAGGUUUUCUCUGUUUGCGCCAUCUCGUCAAGCGUAUGAAGAUGAUGACCGGCAGUCGGUCAUGGAAGAGGAAGGUGACAAAAGAACCUCAGCUAUCGAAGGCAGGGAUGAUGUGACCAUAUCGAAUGAAGAUUACGAAAGAGAAGAAGACGGAGAAGAAGAGGACGAAGAACGGGUUCGACCACAUGAACAUUCCAGACAGCGUGAUUCUGACGGGGAGAAGAAACUUCGCGAGAGCCUGUAUGAGCUGAGAAAAUUCAACGAAGUGUUUGAAGGAUUUAUCGGAUCUUUGGAAGGCGUCAAGGGACACAAUGAGAGGCUUGCUGAAAGAGUACAACAAACUUCCUUGCUGCUGGAUGAAUAUACAGCGAUUCUCGGCCAGGCCGAGCAUACCCAGCGGUUAUUGCUCAAUCCUCGCUGGACUGGUAGCUCAGAUGAUGCAGCAGCGAUAGCAGCUGAAGAACAAGCUCGUGCAGCCGCCGCUGCUAAGGCCCUUGAGGAAGCUCAAGCCGCUGCUGAAGCUGCUCGAGAAGCAGAAGAGCAAGCGAGGAAAUCUGCAGAAAGAGAGAGGGCUCAAAGUGAACUCCGAACGAGAGGUGGGGGAACGAGGGGUAGAGGUACAGUAAGGGGAAGCGGGUUGGCUAGAGGAAGCAAGUUGGCUAGAGGAGGAAGCGGAUUGGCAAGAGGAGAAAGUGGAUUGGCUAGAGGAGGAAGCGGAUUGGCUAGAGGAGGAAGCGGGUUGACUAGAGGAAGAGGAGUUGGCACCAGUGUUACUAAGCCCUCAGUGGCUCCUCCAAGACCCGAAAGUGCUACCGCCUCAUCUGCGGCUCGAAGAGGAGGAAGUACAGGUACAACAGGGAAAUACUCACAUGUGAAGAGCAGCGGGUAUGGCCCUCGUCAAACAUAAGUAUUACAUAGAAUUACAAAGACCCAGUAUAAUGCAGCUUAUUGGGAUACACAAACGUC